AUGCUCUCCAACAACGAGAUUCGCGUCUUGGAUUUAUUUCCUACGUCUAAAGACAACAAAGCCGAGUUGGUGGGCGAAACUCGGAUCGUGCCGCUAUCUGAGGACCCAAAGUACGAAGCCCUAUCCUACGUAUGGGGGGAUGGCGUGAAUUCAUCGGAAAUCACCGUUGAUGGCAAUUGUGUUACCAUCACCGAGGGCCUCGCGGCAGCUCUUAGACGGAUCCGGCUUCCAACCAAGAAGAGAACACUUUGGGUCGAUCAAAUUUGUAUUAAUCAAGACGACAUUGAGGAAAAGGCUAUGCAAGUGCCCCUAAUGGGCCAGAUAUACGCCAAAACCACGCAGUGUCUGAUUUGGUUUGGUGAAAUCGACAAGAAAUUCUCUGUGCGCACCGCAAUGUCGGCUUUGAACAUUGUCAACUUCAUAGAUGGGUAUGCAGAUGACGACGUGAUUGAAAGGAGCCCUCCACCUGAACUGGAGUCCGAAGAUACAUUCGAGGAGCCAAUACAGGCGCUGAGGUCUAUCUCAGUAGGCCAAAAUCAGUGGUGGCAUCGCGUCUGGACAUUGCAAGAGGCCAUCCUGCCAUCAAAAAGUCUCGCUCUUUGGGGGCCCUUGUCAAUUCCUUGGGAUGUCGUCAUCAAUGCAGGCUUCGUCCACCUCCGAACUUACAUUCCGGCUCUGAACAAUGUCACACACUCCCAGAGGGAUGUCCUAUUCACACUCUUUGCACAUACGACCGGGCUACAGUGGGCCAAGGAGGCAACACAUGGUCCUCUUGACACGGCAUUUCGGUGGAACUUUCGCCAGGCGUCCGACCCGUUGGACAAAGUGUAUGGGUUCCUGGGACUUUUCCCACCGGGGACUUUGAAACGAGUGGAGGACUGUAACUAUAGAUUGUCGCCAGGAACGCUAUACGCCAUGUUCACCGCGGAUCUUAUCCAGCACGGCAGGGACUUACACGCCCUUGCCCUGCGACGACAUGAAGUGCUACCGGUCACCACUCAGGGGAUUCCACGCUGGGCUCUAGACAUGGGUGUUGAUUAUCACGGGCGAGCCCUCAACAUCGACGACGACUGUGCGGCGUGGUAUCUUAUGCACACAUAUCAGAUGUACUCGGCCUCUGGCGAGCUUGAGGUCGACAUGACUAGCUUUCACUACGACCAGCAGACAAAUGCGCUGACAUUGACCGGGUGCAUGGUGGACCAGGUAGCGCUGGUCGGGUUGAAACCUCAACCCGACAGCGACGAGCCGGGUAGCACGGCCCUCUCGCUCCCCGGAGCCAUCGCCAAGCUCCGGGAGUGGUACGCUCUAGCAGAGGAAUUUUAUCAGGGGCGGGAGUGGGAUGAAGACUUGGUGGGACCCUUGGCGUGGCCGGAGUCUUUCUGGGGAAGUCUGCUCGCCAACCUCUUCUUGGACGAGGAAUUCGCCCCGUUGCGGUCCGCUACGUCAAGAGAUCUGGAACAGGCGGAGAAUUUCAUGAGGACUGGGGCUCAGACUCCUGUUUGCAGGAGUAUAUUCGCGAAUAUGUGCCACCGGACAAUGUUUUUGACCGACAAGGGAUUACUGGGAUUCGGCCCAACUGACCUAGUAGUUGGUGAUGAGGUCUGGGUUCUUCGCGGCGGUAGAGUCCCAUUCAUUGUGCGGGCCGGGUCUAGCAACCCGGAAGGACUUCACACAUUCGUAGGCCCGUCGUAUUUGGAUGGUAUUAUGACGGGAGAAGCACUCGAUGGGAGAGAGUUUACGGAAAUUAGGCUGGUCUAG